AUGGACCGAGAUGAACAAGGAGUAUUUAGAAGAGUUGGAGCAGAAGCAGGCGGCGCAGCGCAGCGGGUAGCAGAGGACCAGGUGGCGGCGGUGGCGGCCGCAGCUGGUGCAGUGGCAGUGGGGGCAACAGUGGAUGGAUACCUGUUGGGGGAAGAGGAGGUGAAGCUGAAAACCCUAAUUUGGACGGAGAUGAACAAGGAGUAUUUGGAGGAGUUGGAGCAGAAGCAGGCGGCGCAGCGGGCGGCAGAGGACCAGGUGGCGGCGGUGGCUGCGGCAGCGGCAGCAGCAGCAAGUAAAUGUGGCGCCGGGACCUCUGCUCGUGCUGCUGCCGCGGCUGCAGCUGCUGCUGCAGUGCUGCAAAAGGGCGGGCUCGACCGCAAGCGGAGGCGCAAGGACGAGGCAGCACUGGGUCCUGCCCAGUCAGCAGCAGAAGCUGCCAAGAGGGUUCUCGACAAGAAGGUGGGGCUUUCUUUUGCUGCCACACUGUGUCCUCUAGCGCUCGCUCCUCCUCCUCCUCCUCCUCCUCCUCCUCCUCCUCCUCCUCCUCCUCCUCCUCCUCCUCCUCCUCCUCCUCCUCCUCCUCCUCCUCUCCUCCUCCUCCUCUCCGAUAGUGCUGCUGCUGCUUCGAUCUCCCCAUCUCACCCAUUAAUCCCUUCCACUCGCCUCCACUCUAUCUUUCUUCAUUCCCACUCCUUUCCACCGUGCAGAGCUCAGCGCACGUCAACAUGGAGGCUCUCGGACAGCUAUUCUCAGAUGGCGUGGGGAGGAGAUGGCGCGCUGGGUGGGUAUGGUGAUGAGUCAACUACGUACGAUGCUGAGUCAGCAGGGCAUGGGGAAGGAGACAUGGGAGUGGGCCAUGAUGAGGAUUUGGAGCAUAGGGGAGUGGAUGGGGAGGAGGGUGAUAUGGAUGGUGCUGCUGGGUUGCAUAAUGGGGAAGGUGCAGGUGAUGGUGGUGGUGGUGAGGAUGGUGAGGAGGAGGAGGAGGCAGCAGAGGCACAUGCAGCUGAUGGGGAAGAAACGGAAUACCAUGAUGUGAAUGGGGUGCAGUACCAUGUGGAAACGGGUGAGCACUAUAACGAGGAUGGGGCAGGAGAGGCGGUAUGGGGAGGUGGGGGAGCGGAUCAGCUGUACGGUGCAGAUGGCAUUGACCCCGAUGACCAAUACAUGUUUUACUGA